AAAGAACAAAACAGAGAAGAUUAGAGAGACAUAAUAAUAGAAACACUUGAGAUCCAGCAUAACAAAACAUAGCUUCAGAAUUUCUCAAUAGAGAGAGAAAAUGAGAUAUGGCGGUGGUAGAAGGAGGCGAAUGUUACUACAACCUUUUCUUGUUUUAUGCGCCACCGUGACUGGUGUUGGGUUAUUGAUGCUAGCUUUGAGGCCGUUAGAUCCUCAAAUCAGCGUUAAAUACGCGAGAGAUUACGACUUCAUAGAUUCCAAUACCUCCGCUUUCGAUGUCGGCUGGGCCGUCGAAGAGAAACCACCGCCGACAGCUAAACCAUGCGCGACGGUGGAAGAGAUGGGGAAGGAUUUCGAAAGUGGUUUUGUUGUGAAGGAGACACUUCGAGUCAGGAGCAUUAUCGAGAAACAUUUUGUUUUAAACGGUGCUUCAAGAGUGAGAGAUUUGCCUCCGGAUGAGUUCUGUAAUCAUGGAUUUGUUCUAGGAAAGACUGCCGAGGCGGGUUUUGGGAAUGAGAUGUACAAGAUCUUAUCGGCUGCGGCGCUCAGUAUAAUGUUGAACCGGUCCUUGAUCAUUGGCCAAACCAGAAGCAAGUAUCCUUUUGAGGAGUACAUUUCUUAUCCCAACUUUACUUUCACCAUGAAAGAAAUAAAGCAUCUGUGGAGACAAAAUGGUUGUGAAAGCAAAUAUGGUAGGCGUCUGGUUAUGAGGACAGACGACUUCGAAAAGCCAUCUCAUACUAAUGUUCUAUGUAGCAAUUGGAAGGAGUGGGAACAACCUAUCAUUUGGUUUCAAGGAACUAAUGAUGCUGUUGCGUCUCAAUUUUUCUUAAAGAAUGUACACUCUCAGAUGAGGAUUGCUGCUUUUGAUUUAUUUGGUGACCCGCAAGUUCUUGGCUCUCAGCCGAAUGUGUUCGGGGAGCUGAUGAGAGUUCUUAUAUCGCCUUCGCCAGAUGUUGAGGCAGCUGUCAAUUGGGUUAUUGAUGGCAAGGAGAAUCCUGAUAUCUCGUUGCAUAUGCGGAUGCAAAUUAACAGGCCCGUAAGAGCCGUGCAGGCUGCAUUGCAUUGCCUAAGAAAAGCUGUAGAGAGUCGACACCUAAUGUCAAGACCAAAGGUUGUUGUGGUGUCAGACACACCUUCCCUUAUUAAAAGUAUUGUGCCUAACAUAAGUGAAUUUGCAGAGGUUCUGCAUUUUGAUUAUGAAAAGUAUAAAGGAAAAAUGUUUGAUGGUUUGCCCAAGUCAGAUUUCAGAGAGAAGGACUGGGGUCCCGCGCCCAGAUGGGUUGCUUUUGUAGAUUUUUUUCUAGCAUCUCGUGCCAGACAUGGCGUUGUUUCCGUAGCUCAUCGACGUGUUGGAACUACCUAUGCUCAGUUAAUUGCUGCACUUGCCGCAGCUCACAAUCUAGCGGACAACAACAACAACAACAACAACACGACUUCUGGUUCAAGUUUUUCAUUUUUCAGCAGUUUCCAAAGCAAUCUAUUAACAGAUGGAUUAAAGAAUCAAGUUGGUUGGGGACAUGUUUGGAACAGAUAUGCUGGACCAUUGAGUUGUUCUAACCAAAGCAAUCAAUGUGCCUUCACUCCACUUCUUCCACCAGCUUGGUGGGAUGGUCUUUGGCAGUCACCAAUUCCAAGGGAUACUAAACGUCUUGCUUUCUAUGGUGUUCAACUAUCUGGUUUUGGUAAUGUAGACACAUAUUCACUUCAAAAUUAUUGUAAUUCUAGGAAAACUAUUGUGAAAACUCUCACAUUCAAUUUGUAGCAUUUGGAAGUCAUGUUUAAUUCUAGUUUACUUUUUAGAUGAUGAUACUUAAGGAUAAGAACUGAUAUUUAUAUACUUAAUUGUAUUUAUAUUGAAUAUAGUAUAAUGAGAAUCCCAUAAUUAAGGGAGGUAAAUCAAUAGAGACAGUAAAUUCUAAUGAA